AGCCCGCCCGCCUGACUCGACACGUACAGCUGAUGCCGGUUUGGGGCAAAUCGAACGCACCCGUUGCUGUGUUUUGUUGUUUUUUCAGCGGCGUAUCGUUUUUGGCCUGUCAAACCGAGUGACUUUACACUGCAACGACGACACUGGAAUAACAGGGAUGCUCAUGACUAAAAAGACCAGGAGCACAAUGAAACCGCCAUCGCAGUCACCUCCUGUAAGCAGCUUAGUGUUUGAAGGCGUCUACAACAAUGCCCGAAUGCUUCAUUUCCUCACCGCGGUCGUGGGCUCCACCUGCGAUGUGAGGGUGAAAAAUGGAGCAUCCUAUGAGGGAAUCUUCAAGACUUUAAGCUCACAGUGCGAGCUGGCUGUGGAUGCUGUCCAUAAGAGUGAUGGAGAUGGAGGAGGAGGAGGAGGAGGAGGAGGAGGAGGAGGAGGAAGCCAGUCCUCUCCUCCUAAGAUUGAAGACAUCACUGACACCAUGAUCUUCAGCCCCGCUGACCUGGUGACCAUGACCUGCCGCGAUGUGGACUUAACCUUCGCUGUCAGAGACACGUUUACCGACACGUCCAUCAGCUCGUCUCGGGUGAACGGGGACCACCGGGAGAAGGUUCUGCAGAGGUGGGACGGGAACGGAAUCGGAGAAAACUUCGAGCUCGAGGCGGACACAGUGGUUCCUAAAAGUUUCAACAGAGUCCAAGGCUCUCAGGGCUAA